AUGUCCACACCCCUGUCAGACCCCCAAAAUGCCAACCGCGCAACCCCAACAAUCGAAGCCGCAAACGCGAACCUUCACAUCGGCAGCUCAAUCUUCAUCGCCGCCCCCUCAACAGCAGUCUGGGCCGCCCUAACAGAUACCUCAACUUGGCCCUCCUGGAACGAGUUCAUCCCCCGAGUAACUAUCACUUCCCAACCAAACACCGACGCCAGCACUGAGCUCUCACCCAUCCUCCAAAAGGGUACAAAAAUGAUCUUCCACGUUCGCAUGGACCCCACAUCCGACAAGCCGCAAAAAGCAACCGACACCGCGCUCAAGGUUACUGAGUUCGAGGCGCCGAGCCCCGAGACUAAUAUGCCCGGUCGGAUCGUUUGGGCUUCAGACUCUGAGGCGCCGGGUGGGUUAUCGGCUAGUCUUUUGACUGCGGAGAGAGAACAUGAGAUCAAAGAUGUGGAGGGGGGAUGUGAGGUCAGGAAUUGGGAGUGUCAGGUUGGGUGGCUUGUUUAUGUUGUCAAGUGGAUGUAUGGGAAGAGGCUGGACGCGAACUUUGAGCUGUGGGUUCAGGAUUUGAAGAGGUUUGUUGAGGAGAAUCAGUAG